CCAUUGACGUGAAGGCUGCAAAAGGUGCACAGAAGACAACUGAAGCAUUCUCGUUUUCCUGUAAAUAUGAGUAAAAUGGUCGGCGCUUUACGGAGGACGUUCGGCGUGGUACGUGAGCACGUCGGGACAGACCACAUGGGGAAUAAAUAUUACAUAGUCCCCGAACAGAAGACAUGGACAGGGAGACUCGUCCGUGCCAAGAGGAUGGUGGAGGCCUCGAAUCCCACAGAGUACAAAUCUAUGGAAAGCAGCAUACCCAUCGAGUGGGACGCUUGGAUUCGAGGCAGACGGAAGGAGCCUCCCUCUGUUGAGGAGCUGGCAAUGAACGAGGCCUACAGGGAGCAGAUCAAGCUGAAGGCCAGGGAUGUGGAGGAGAAAGACUUGGCCCUGAAAGCGAAGGAAUACAAGGAAGGCCUGGUGGCGGCGCCGUCCAGCACUCUGGCCACUGGCCAUGCGGCCGCCACCAGCUUUGGCAAGCAGGAGUUUAGCGAGGAGCCCACCAGCACUGCCAACACCUUCCAGCCGGGCUCCUGGCGCCCCAAUUCCAAAUAGGAAGCCUAAAGAGACGGCGGCAUGGACUGAGACUACUUGGCCAUAUAAUGCGGUCCAAUAGAAUGGCUGAUGGUUUUCAUACAGCUGUUGUGUUGGAUCUGUUUGAUUAUGCUGCUAAUGAAGUGGCAGGUUAGUCUAUUUAAUGUGUAUGACAAUGCCAAGAGGAGUUUAAUCUUACCUUGUCACAAAAAUCUCAAUACAUAAAUUGGUACGGGAUAUUAUUCACACACAGACUUCAAAGCAUUAACGGUCCAUUUAAACUGUCUGAAACAGCAGCACCAAAAUGUCAAUAAUCUCUCUGAUUAAUUGAAGUGUGGAUUAUUACUACGUUGUAAAUGAGUUCCCAGCACAGUAUUAAAGAGUACAGUAUCUAUUUCUUAAGGCCACUUCUCCGUCAGUAAAUGUGACCACUGGGAAUGGGCAAUACAGGCUCUAUGUGAGCAAAAUAUUCCUGGUUCGACACACUUGGACAACAAUUUUGGCACUAUUAAGACCUUUGAACAGCAAAUUUAAUGACGAAGUACAAGCAUUAGGGAAACUCAACGAAGACGUAUUAGGGAGGCAGCAUGGCGGCCUAGUGCACUGAUUCUCCAUUAGUGGGUCAUGGACUCAUUAUGGGUGGGUCACAGACAGGUAGUUACUUUUUUUUUUUUUUUACUUUUGACAGAAUACAAAUUAUUGGUGUUGCACCUUCCUUAAAAAAAGAGCUCCGUGCCAAGAUAGAAGUUCUGCUUUUUUUACCAUGUUUUGUGCAAUUGUGAUGUUUUGGUUUGACUAUAUUCAUUUUUGUACACACAGAUGUCAUGUUUGUCCUGUUUCUUAAUAAGCUAAAGGGAGAAUUUGGAUGGAAGCCAGAGAAAACGAGCAGAAGUACAGGGAGAACUUCCCACAGGAAGCAUGUUAAAGCACAUACCUUACGAGGUGGAACAUUUCUAAUUGGAAUCAGUAGUGUCACAGCUUUACAGAUACCCUCCUCCUGCAGAACAUAACUUGCAAACUCCGUAGGAGGGCCAGAGCCAAGAUUCAAACGCAGAUCUCUAUUCCAACGUUUCAUAGUAUCUAAGUCUAUUUGAUACAAAUUUUAAUAUACUGCAAAUAUUUGCUAGUAAGGCCUCCCUCCAUCUUCAGUUCAGUAACACUCUGGCUUUGAUUUUUAGAAACGUACAUUUUCUGUUACAAACAAAAAAAGGGGCCUUUUUCUUGAAAGCAACCAUGAAAACUUUAUUGAUUACAAAGAAAUCUGUUAGGUACAGAAGGGCUUCAUUUCAUAACUGAAUAGAACAGUGAUGUUAACGAUGGAAUGCAAUGUGUGGCAAAAGCUACACAUAAUUAGAAGCUUGUUAAAAAUCUCAAACAGACUCUUGCUGAGGGAAGUCCGACUGGAAUGUCCGUCUCGGUACUGUUUGACCGGUGGGGGCAAGUGUCCCCUGCUCCGACCCUAGAGGGUCUGUGCUGGUGGUCAAGGAAAGGGGUGGUGGCACUACGUGUGUCCC